ACCAGACGGGCGAUAGGACCCGGAGGGAGCCCGCCCCGGAACGGGAAGAGGUGGGACCCGGCUCUGCGCGGGACGGUUCAGUCAGCGCCGGAGCUCUGGUGAGCAGCGUCCCUGAGCCCGCGGAGGCGGAGCGGCGCAGAAACAUGUCUCAAGAAAGUGAGCAUGGGAAAUGGACGGUAUCUAGCAGUGAUGAAAGUACAGAAGAAAAUAAUGAUGCUGAAAAGCCAUCUACAUCUUCAUUGUCUCACAGUGGACAUGGCAAAACUAGUGGAUCACAGUACCCAUGUUCAGAGGCCAGAAAAGUUGGUCACAAGAGAAAAGCCUCCCCUGUGAAAUUUAAUGAUACAAGUUUUUCUACAGAAAUUUCACCAGCAAAAAUCCAGAGAACUUCCCAAGAAGGUUUAGGUUGGUGCCUUUCAAGUAGUGAGGAGGAGCCUGAAUCUGAAGGUCAGCCACAACAUGCACAAAAGGAAGCAGUCAAAGAGGAGAAAUAUAGUGCACCUAAAAAGCAGCCUUCACGUAGAUUUGAAGAUGAUGAGCUCCCAGUGAGCCAAAAGCCAGAAAAACAUUAUAAGGUAGCAAGUGAAGGCCAGGACACUUGGGAUUUGUUGAAUGGAGGGAACCCUUUCAGAUUCUUUGUCACUAAAGUCAAAGGUAUUAAGUCUAAGUACAACUCUGGAGCACUUCACAUAAAAGAUAUUUUGUCUCCUCUCUUUGGGACUCUUGUAUCUUCUGCUCAGUUUAACUAUUGUAUAGAUGUGGAAUGGCUCAUAAGACAGUAUCCACAGGAAUUCAGGAAAAAACCAUUAUUAAUAGUACAUGGUGAAAAGCGAGAAUCCAAGGCUGAGCUGCAUGCACAGGCACACCCAUAUGAAAAUGUUCGCCUUUGCCAGGCUAAGCUGGAUAUUGCCUUUGGAACUCACCAUACGAAAAUGAUGUUGUUGUUAUACGAAGAAGGUCUUCGAGUUGUGAUACACACAUCCAAUCUUAUUGAUUCUGAUUGGGACCAGAAAACUCAGGGAAUAUGGCUAAGCCCCCUAUAUCCACGGCUACCGCAUGGAACCACUGGUUCUGCUGGUGAAUCUGUAACCAAUUUUAAGUCUGACCUAAUACACUAUUUGAUGAGUUAUAAUUCCCCUACUCUCAAGGAAUGGGCUGACAUCAUCCAAGAGCAUGAUCUUUCAGAAACCAGAGUAUAUCUACUUGGAUCAACCCCAGGACGAUACCAAGGCAACCAAAAAGAAAAAUGGGGUCACCUUAGAUUUAGAAAGCUUUUGAGAGAGUAUACAUCACCAAUACCAGCACAAGAAUCUUGGCCGGUGAUAGGACAGUUUUCAAGUAUUGGAUCAAUGGGAGCUGACCAAUCCAAGUGGUUGUGCUCAGAAUUUCGAGAGAGUCUGGUUACGCUAGGCAGUAGCGUGAAGACUCUUGCAAAACCUGACGUUCCUAUUCAUUUGAUUUACCCUACUGUGGACAAUGUGAGGCAAAGUUUGGAAGGAUAUCCUGCUGGUGGGUCUCUUCCAUACAGUAUACAAACUGCACAGAAACAACUUUGGCUGCACUCUUAUUUCCACAAAUGGUCAGCAGAAACCUCAGGCCGCAGCCAUGCUAUGCCUCACAUUAAGACUUACAUGAGGCCAUCUCCUGACUUCCAGAAGAUUGCGUGGUUUUUAGUUACAAGUGCCAAUCUUUCCAAAGCUGCCUGGGGAGCUCUGGAGAAAAACGGCACACAACUGAUGAUUCGUUCAUAUGAACUUGGAGUCCUUUUCCUGCCUUCAGCAUUUGGAUUGGAUACAGGUUACUUCCAUGUGAAAAAGAAAAUGUUUUCAGGAAGUAAUGAGCCAGUGACAUCUUUUCCUGUGCCUUAUGAUCUGCCCCCAGAGCAGUAUGGAAGCAAAGAUCGCCCAUGGAUUUGGAAUAUUCCUUAUACCAAAGCACCUGAUACACAUGGAAACAUGUGGGUUCCAUCAUAAAAACUUCAAACCCACUGUGAGAUUUCAGCAUCUGACACUGAGCCGCCUACCAUAGCUGUGAGACUAAUUAUUUCUGAUUUUCAGAUGUGGAGUUGUGCACUGGAUAACUAGCUUCUUAUUAUGUCAUAUGUCAAUAAUAUUGAGGAAUUGUUUUGGAGAGGAGAGGAAGGGAGAAUCCUUGGAGAAUAUGUAGCUAUAUUGAUCUUUAUAGACCUCCCAAAAAUAUAAUACUGUAAUUUUAAACUACCAUUUUAUAUACUCCUCUUAUUGUAGUGGCCAUUGCAUUUUGGAAGGUGUUAAAAUGACAGUGUAAGCUUAUGUUCAAGGUUCCCACUGUUUUUAGCCAGAAUAUAUUCAAAUCUGUUAGUAUUCUUUUGGACUGUUUUCGGGCCCUUCUUGACCAUAGUAAGAGAUUUGUAUGUACAUUUUGAAAUUAGAAAGUGAAUAAAAGGAAAUUUUGUUACAUUUUUCAUCAACAUGAAA